AAGGAAGCAGAAAGAGGCGUGCAGACGGUCCUUAUCGCGCGUUAGUGGCGGGAGUCUUGUAUUGGGCAUCUUCUUGGAAAGGAAGCCUGCUGUAUUUCCAAUUGCAGAGAAUGGCCAUUUGCUGAUCCAGGCAGAAGUUCAACACGGUAACCGAGGGAUUCUCAGCAUACCGAAUGGCUGCAGCAAACAAGGGCACCAAGGCCAAAGUGGCCGGUGUCCGCUUUGCCCCGACUCAGACUGUGGAAGGGUCUUCCAGCCACGUUCACUUCGACGAGAAGCUGCACGAUUCGGUGGUCAUGGUCAGCCAGGAGAAAGAAGGCAACUUCCUUGUGAAGGUAGGAUUCCUGAAGAUUUUGCACAAGUAUGAAAUCACCUUUGUCCUCCCUUUUGUGCAACUGCUGGGGAAGAACGUCUGUGCCGCACCCUUAGCAAACCUUCACCUGCGAGUGAUCAGCAUCGCUCCGGUCUCUGAAGGUUACAGCAUCAAGUGCGAAUACACGGCCCACAAAGAAGGGGUGGUUCGGGAAGAGAUCGUGCUCCGGAGCGAAGCCAAUGAUGGGGCCUCGGUCAAGGUGGUGGUGCAAGCCAGGGUGAUGGACCGCCACCACGGCACCCCAAUGCUGCUGGAAGGGGUGAAAUGCAUCGGCGCAGAGCUGGAGUACGACUCAGAGCAAAGUGAGUGGCACGGUUUCGACUAGGCAAGAAGACCUCCACCAACCUCUCCUCCAAAACCCCAGGCCUCUUUCUAGGGUUUUAUAUGCCUAUAUAAAAAAUAAAAUAUCUAUAUUUUCCGGUCGAGCUUGAAAUAACAGGAGGAAGCAAGCUCCCCAUCUCAACUGUCCGCCGGCUGCCCGACGCAGAGCGUGCUUGUCAUGUGCUGAACCAGUGCUGCGCUUGUCUUGUGGGACUUGGGUGAUGCGCUUUAACCCCACUUCCCCCCCCCCAAACCCAUGACAUCCAGAACCACAGACUGUAGGAUGCUGGUAUUGAUAGUCGAGAGAGCAGAGCAAGCCAAGAUGCCCCCCCUCCUCGUCCCCAUUUCCGAAAUCAUCUUUCCAGCCAGGGAAACCGCAUCAGUGGCCGUGCAGCCUCUUCUCUGAGUGAAAUCCCAUGCACGCCACAAGCAUGACGUUACGGGGCAGCGCUGUUCCUUGUUGCAUUGAGUUCUGCGUUUUCUUGCCAUUUUUUCUGCUGUUUUCAUUGUCUGCCGUUGCAGUUUGUAAAGAAAGUGUGUUUAAGGGGGGUAACCCACACUGGGCACCUCUGCCUUUUUGUUGCACCCUUUACGAUAGUUUGGAGCACGAACCAGUGUGCGAGAGACGCUUUGGCAUAAAAUGGUGAAGCUCUUCCUUCUUUUUUGCCUGUUGGCAGAUUGGAUUUGCAGGGACGUGCCGAACCUGGUUGCUUCGUUUGACUCGGGAGAAAGACGGCGCUGAGUGUUUGGAACAGCUCUUUCGUGCCGAAAGGCUGAUUGAAUGUAAAGGGCUGAUCAGAGGUUGUCAAAUCUGUAUUGAUCCAGAUGUUUCUGAGAGCAGGGUAACUUGGAGGUUUUUGCUGCGUUCUUGUUAAAAUCUGCUUCCUUCCAUCUGGUGGCCUCUCAGUGUGUUGAGACUACAGUGCCCAUGACCCCAGCCAGGAUUGAUGUGCAUUGUAGUCCCAGUUCACUGAGAGGUUGCUGUGGAUGAUUAGCUGCCUCUUUUUCUUCAGGGACCAGUGUAUACAACCGUUCUUUCUCUCUGGUUGGGUGCUUUUUCUGCUUUUCUGUCUCCCCCACCAUCCCCAACUUUCCCAUCUGAAUUGGACCCUUGCUUAUGAUUAUAAGACUUUUGAGACUCCCGUUCUCUGCAGAAGAUCAAUCGUAACCCUGUCAUUCUCCAGUAAGAUUCAGGGUGUUUUUUUUCUAUGAAAAAACAUCCCUUCCCUCUCCAGCUCCAAAAGCCAGACCUUCCCAUACACAUCCCUUCCCUCCAUGCUCCGUUUGCCUGGGAAGGGCUUUCUUUCAAAACCUUUGCUGCCUUUCUAGAGAUAGCCUGGGCUAUCUCUCUUCGUUGCAAGCCAUACCGUGUCUUGAAACCUCUUGCGUUUGGGUACCCUUUUGAUGUCGCUCUCUUUUGUUUUUGCUGCUGCAGUUUUAAUUUAGGUUUAAACAAACAAACCCUAAUGUCCCAAAUACCAAGGCUUGGAGCCUUUUAUUUUUAAGAACGGGCCAUGAAUCUCAGCAGAAUUUCUGCAAAUUGAGUUGCUUCAUGGGUUUACUAGAAGAUUACACCUUGGUGUACAUGCUGGGCAGAAUGUGGCGGGGGGAUGGAUGGUACCCCAGGCUUUUGAAAUGUGUUUAAAAGAUUGCUGCUAGGAAUCUAGCAGAGGGAAUGAACUAGCCAGGAUUCUCUCUCCCUGUUGCAUAAAAUGGAUUUAUUCAAUGUAGUGGGUGGGAGCAUAUUUAAAAAUAAUGUCUUUUUUAGAUUGCACAUUACAAUCCAUGGAUUGCACAGUCUUUGGGUGCAAUCUAGGCCACCAAUUUAACUUGCAGGCUAGCCAAGCCCUGUAAUAGCACCAUGAUUCCACUUUAAUUGCUAUGGCCUCCAUACUGUGGAAUCUUGGGAUUUGUCAUUUGGUGAAGUUCUUGGACGUCUCUUAUGCUAGAUCCCCCAGCGGAGGAUAAUACUUCAGAAAAUUGUUAACUCCAUAGCAUGGAGCCAUGGCAUUUAAAGUGGAACCAUAGCGCUAUAAUUGCCAAGUGUGGAUUCAUUCCUUUGUUGAUUCGGUGGAUCCGCUCUUGUUGAGGCUAACCGAUAGGCUAUAGGUCUUUUUGGACCUCCUUGAGCAGUGAUUCCCAAACUUGGGGUCUUCCAGGUAUUUUGGACUUCAGCUCCCAUAUGCUUUUGUCAGCUUGACCAACAGUCAGGAAUUCUGGGAUAUGGAGUCCACAAUAUCUGGAGGACCAAAGAUUGGAAAUUAUUGUUCUUGAGGAUGAAAGACUCUUUGACAUCCAAAGUGGAGUGGCAGGAUGUCGGACUUUGUGCCACAGCGGAGAGUUCCUGUGCCGAUCCCUUUGAAAUUCAAUCCCCGGGUAAAUUGGCAGGUUUGCUCUUUCCUUGUAACGUAGGAAAGAAAAUGCUAUGGUCUUGCAGAUGUUGCUGGAUUGCAACGCCUAGCAUUCUUCAACCCUUGGCUACCAAUAGGAUACGUAGUCUUGGUCUUUCUGGACCUUCUUGAGCUGUGGUUCCCAAACUUUGGUCUUCCAGGUGUUUUGGACUUGAGCUCCCAGAGUUCCUGACCAUUGGCCAAGCUGGCUGGGGCUUCUGGGGCUUGACGUCCAAAACACACGGAAGACCAAAGUUUGGGAAUCGCUAUUCUUGAAGAUGAAAGACUCUUUUAAGCAGCUGGCAGGGGCUUCUGGGAGUUGCAGUCCGACUACAUCUGGAGGGUUACGCAUCUGCUGUAUAGACAAAAGGGAUUUUUGGCACACCAGUUUUAUUCAAGAGAUGACAUUUCUCCCCAUCGCCAUCCGGAUUUCGUAAAUAUUGCCUCUUUUUCUGUUCCUCUGCUCCAGUCUUUUUCUUCAAAAAAUGGAAAAGCUCAUGGUACACAGACAGGAAUGUGGUUAUUUGUUACGAAAGAUAAAAAAGACUGUUUUUAUGUGCCUAUAUACACAAACACAAACAUGCAGACAUAUUGAUAAUCUGAAAAGUGAUGUUAAAUGUUUUGGUUUUUUUUUUUAAGCAAAAAAAAAUUCUCAAGGGAAAGAAUAAACUUCAGUUGGAGAAAAAGAAAA